GGUGGUAAAAAAGAUCAACUCGUUCCUUGUUGAGCGGGGAAGCUUCACGGCGCGAGAGGCAAACCGGGAUAUAUUUUUAUUCAUUACCCCCUUCCUUCACGUCUCUCGGCUUACUGCAAAAAAAGAGAAACAAACGCACGUUUGGUAUCCAAGCAGCUGGAGCGAAUCGCGUCUGAUGUGAAAGUGGGAUCGUGGGAGAUUGGGUCACUCAAAGCCGAGCAAAGGAUGGACAGAGUCAGUCGCGUGCUGAACGUCGUAAGGCAGAUGUCCCCUAGGAAAAGGGAACGGGGGUCUCAUUGGGAGGCGGAGAGUCCGGAGACCUGCGAGGAGAGUCUGUGCUCUCUCAGCCUGUGCAUCAGCGAUGAUGGCCCGUACUCCAAAGGGAACAAGGACUCAACAGGGCCAGAGAACUCGCUCAUACCCAGAAGACAAAGCAUCCCAGAAGAGCUGCGCGGGGUCACCCUGGUUGAGCUGAUUAAGAAAGAGGGAAGCACAUUGGGUCUCACUAUCUCAGGUGGGACGGACAAGGACGGCAAACCCCGCGUCUCCAACCUGCGACCUGCUGGACUUGCUGCUAGGAGCGAUCAACUCAACGUGGGCGACUACAUCAAGUCAGUGAACGGCAUUAAUCUGACCAAACUGCGUCACGACGAGAUCAUAAGUCUUCUGAAGAACGUUGGCGAACGCGUUGUGCUGGAAGUGGAGUAUGAACUGCCGUCAGCUGCACCAGACAGUACCUCAGGUGUUAUCUCCAAGACAAUCGACAUCUGUUUGCAGAAAGAGGGAAACAGCUUCGGCUUCGUUAUGCGAGGGGGCUCCCACGAGGACUGGCUCAAAACUAGACCCUUGGUGGUGACGCACGUUCGACCAGGGGGCCCUGCCGACAGAGAAGGGACGCUUAAAGUGGGUGAUCGGAUCUUGAGUGUGGACGGCGUGUCAUUGCACAAUGCCAGUCACAGCGAUGCCCUCACCGUACUGACCCAGUGUGGCCAGGAAGCUCUGUUUCAGAUUGAGUAUGACAUCUCCAUCAUGGACUCUGUGACAAACGCUUCAGGUCCUCUGCUGGUGGAGAUCGCUAAAUCACCUGGAGCGAGUCUGGGAAUCACACUGACUUCUGCUAUGCACAGGAAUAAGCAGGCCAUCGUCAUCGAGAAGAUCAAAGCUGCCAGUGUGGUGGACAGGUCAGGAGCGUUACACGUGGGCGAUCACAUUCUGUCUAUAGAUGGGACCAGCACAGAGCACUGUUCAGUUCUGGAGGCGACACAGCUGCUUGCCAGCACCUCUGAUCAGACCAAACUAGAGAUCCUGCCUGCUCACCAAACCCGCCUGCCCGGAAAACCCCAGGAUACUGUUAAAAUCCUGAAAAGCGACCACCCUCACUGUUGGGACCCCUGUGUGAAUUAUUGCCAGUCUCAACACCCUGCUCACUGUAAAACAGGAACGUGGACCUCUGGUUCCAGUAACCCAUCCAGCUCUCAGGAUUACUGUAAAUCGGUAGUCUGCACUAACUUCUCUCCGGGCUCCACCACCACAUCAGGCAUGACCAGUCAGGGAUCCAACACGCUGCCCCGUACUGCCCCUCCCAUGAGCCCCCGAAACUCAAUGCUCAAGAGGAGACCGAGGAAGAAAGAGAGCAAGAGCUCGUCUGUAUCUUUAGCUUCAAGUUCUGUGGGUCCCGGAGGUCAGAUAGUGCACACAGAGUCCAGUGAGAUCACACUGAGAGGAGACCCCCUAAAUGGCUUUGGGGUACAGCUACAAGGUGGGAUAUUCGCAACGGAGACCCUCUCUGCCCCUCCUCUUAUCCGCUUCAUAGAGCCCGACAGCUCAGCUGAAAGGUGUGGACUGCUCCAGGUCGGUGAUCGAGUUUUAUCCAUUAAUGGGAUUCCUACAGAAGAUGGAACGCUGGAAGAAGCCAAUCAGCUGCUUCGAGAUGCUGCUCUGGCCAAUAAAGUCGCACUAGAGAUUGAGUUUGAUGUGGCAGAGUCAGUUGUGCCUAGCAGUGGAACUUUCCAUGUGAAACUGCAGAAGAAGAGAGGAGUUGAACUGGGCAUCACUAUCAGUGCCAGUAAGAAACCGGGAGAGCCUCUAAUCAUCUCUGACAUUAAAAAAGGCAGCAUGGCCCACAGAACAGGAACUCUGGAGCCAGGAGACAAGCUGUUAGCCAUAGAUAACAUCCGUCUGGAGAACUGCUCCAUGGAGGACGCUGUCCAGAUCCUGCAACAGAGUGAAGACCUGGUAAAGCUCAAGAUACGCAAGGACGAAGACAACUCAGAUGAGCAGGAGUCAACGGGCUCCAUCAUCUACACGGUGGAGCUCAAACGGUACGGCGGCCCGCUGGGCAUCACCAUCUCCGGCACAGAGGAGCCUUUUGACCCCAUCAUCAUCUCGGGCCUGACCAAGAGGGGUCUCGCUGAGAGGACUGGAGCCAUUCAUAUCGGGGAUCGAAUUUUGGCCAUCAACAGUGUGAGUCUGAAGGGUAAACCACUGAGUGAAGCCAUACAUCUGCUGCAGAUGGCAGGAGAAACCGUCACCCUUAAAAUCAAGAAACAGACUGACUCACCUGAUGACAAGAAGAAAGAUAGUGACCUGGAUAAUGAUCUUAGCGAUACUGAAGACGACAUGACCGACUCUCAGAAAACCAAUAAGCUGUCAGAGAUUUACUCUACCACCAUUCCCAGUGUUGACUCGGCUAUGGAAUCGUGGGAUGGAUCGGGCAUUGAUGCUGGUUAUAGCAGCCAAGGUGCAUACAUCCAUCAGGCAGCUGGCAUAGCAUUACACCCUCAUGAGUGGCGUAGCACCAAGCAGAGAAACAACACCGUCCCUCCCACCCGCCGCAAAAACUACCCCUUCAGUGACGCCGGGUUCAGCGAAGAUGACUGGGACAAAGCUCCUGGAUAUGCCGGGCAACCGCAUGCAGACGGUCUUCUGUUGGAACAGGAUGACAGCUUUUGGUGCCAGGCCCUGGAAGACCUGGAAACUUGCGGGCAGUCCGAGCUACUGCGCGAGAUUGAGGCCUCGAUAAUGACCGGCAGUGCCCUGAGCCUGGGCGUAGAAGGUGGAAAGUCUCACGGCGAUGCGGCCGGCCAACCCCACCUGAGCCCUUUGCGGAAAACUCCAAACUUUUACAAUGAGUCAAAAAACAAGAGCACCUUCCGCAUGUCCGAGAAGACCUGGGAGUCACGGAGGAUCAAAGAAGAGAUUCAGGAUAUCUUGUCACCAACGCCUUUAGAACUACACAAGGUGACGGUGAUGAAAGACCCGGAGAGCGAUGACUUCGGCUUCAGCGUGUCAGACGGUUUCUUGGAAAAGGGUGUUUACGUGAACAUGAUCAGACCAGAGGGACCGGCGGACCGUGCUGGACUUAGACCCUACGAUCGGAUCCUCCAGGUGAACCACGUACGGACGAGAGAUUUCGACUGCUGUUUAGCCGUGCCCCUCAUCACAGAAGCCGGAGACAAACUUGAGCUUGUUAUUAGCCGAAACCCAUUAGCACAGCCGGAUGAGGCCCAGGCCCAUGACUGCCACCCUCACUUCACUCCUGUAGUUCAUUCCCGAGAGCACCAGACCAGCACACUGGACCUGUGACCAUUGAGACAGUAACCACACUGGGUCAUUUAUUGCAAAAGACCAUCACAAGGAGCCAUGAUUCACUCUAAUAUUAUCCAGAAUUUGAAAGAUUACGUGGAGGAAUUACUGUAUGAACAUAAAAGAAACUUUUUAGCACAGUAGUGGAAGGAUCUGAGCCAGUUUUUAAAACAAACUAAAGCAAAACAAUAAAGAGUACUUGGACUAAUACAAUCCAUACUGUAUAAGGACUUCGCCUCGUCGAAUUCAAGUGACAUUUUGGUUUCAUUUGUUCUACGUCCAAAUGUUUACAGAAAGAUCCUGCUGUUCCCCAUUCCCGUAGGCAAUUUUUGUGUAAGUAAUGUCUUGGUUUUAUUUAACUUUUUUCAAUAUUAAAUAUUAACUUGUUUUUUUGUUUUAGGACAAUACAAACUGUGCCCAAAUGUUUACAAACACAAAAGGAUUCUGCUUUAUGAGUAGACCUCCGUCAGACUGAACUUCUUGUUUUUUUCCUAAAUCUAUAUUUCUUUGUGUUUUUAAAAUGAAGAGCUCUGUUGUUUGAGACACUGCAGGAACAUCUUCAGACACAUACAACUACAAUAAACAGACAAAUUACCACUUUUUCUGACACGUACACUAUGCACACUAUAACAAACAAAUGCAAAUAUCGCACAUAAAAACACACACAAACAAUUGAGGCCACAACAACAAUGCACAAGCUGACCCCCUGCUGAUCCAAAAAAAGAAACUUUCUGUUUGAUAUCGCCGACAAUAACACCACCACAGCGUCUCUUGUCAACACCAUGUGAUGCGACACAGUUCCUCUUUCUUAUUUUAUAAUAGGGUAUGAGGAUGUCCCAUGACUUUUAAAAGCAUUAGACAUGUUAGAGAAAAUCUUGUCUGAAAUAUGAGAAGUAGUCUGUUUUAAACACAUGAAAUGUAGUUCCCAUAUUUUACAACCACAGCGGAAUGAUUUACAGCAUAAUUUAAAAUCAUCUUGCAGUAUUUUUUUUUUAUUUAUUUACAUGUGAGACUCUUAAGCAGUAACAUUAUUAAUUCUAUUUUCAGAAUUUUUAAUUAACAUUAAUUACUUUAUUCAUAUUCAUAUUAUUAUUAUUAUUAUUUUGUCCUAGCUUAACUUAUUCCCCGCCAGCAUUUUUUAAAAGUUGUUUGCCAGCAAUUUUUUGUGAUUAUUACAAAAUGCCUUUCAGAAACUUUUCUUUUAUAAAUAUUUAAACAUACAAUAUAUCAAAUGAAAGAACAGACCAUCUGCUUUCAAAAAAAAAAAAAAAAAACAGAAAAACCUGUUUAUCCUAUCUUCAUUUGUUCUCUUUUUAUAACCUCUUAAGUAUGGGUAGGUUUCUUCGAAAAUACCAAAUUUUGAGCACAAAGCUGAGAUUAUUGCAUUUUUGUAGAGGACUUUUGUUAGAGAUCAGAUUUAGAACGAAGAUCAAAACAUACACAAAAUUUUCUAUGUUUUUUUAAUGAGUUGAUGCUUUAGUUUUUUUUUUUAUAAAUUGGUUAAGAGCGCCACCUAGUUGAUAAUAGCUAAAUUUUAGAUUUCUGUAAAAACUCUUCAGGAAGCGUCAUCAGAGAAACUUUUUCUCUUAAUUGACGAGAUAACUCUUCAAUGGCGGGGAAAUAGUUAAUUUUGGCCAAAUUUGCAUACAUGUACACCACUCUGUUACCGUUGCGAUUUUUAUUCUGUUUCAUUUGAUUCUUUUUAUUGCUAAACAAUCAACACAAAAGCUGUAUUUAGACUUGAAAGUCCCCAAAUUUACGAAAUUACCCAAUAUUUAAAAUUGGCAACCCCACAUAAAGUUAUUUGAAAGUAAAACAGUACAUAUACGGACAGUUUCCCGCCAUUAAAUGGGAAAAGAAGAAGAAGUUUGCACAUGCGCAGAGCAUCCCAGUUUUAGUUAUCAAUCCGAUCAAGUGUUUAAGAUGCACACCUGUAACGUUUUUUGUAAGGUAUGUUUGUAAAAAAAAAACUACUUCAAUGUCCUACAGUAAUUUGACCAAGGUCUAGUUCUGGUUUAAUUAAAUCCCGAUCCGGGAAACAAACAAGAAGUUGUGAUGCUUAUAAUGUUGACACUUUUUUAACGCUUUUCCCGCCAUUGAUGAGUUAUCUCGUCAAUUAAGAGAAAUGUUUGCAUAAAAAGUGUUACCGACGUUCAUCUGUAAUACCGCGAUUACUUACCCAAUUUAUAAAAAAACUGAAGCAAAAAAAAAAAUAUUUACUAAUUUUAAACUCUGUGUAUGUUUUGAUCAUCAGUCUGAAUCUGAUCUCUAACAAAACUCCUUCACAAAAAUGCAAUUAUUUCAGCUUUUUUGCUAAAAUAAAGAAAAAUCCCAUAUUUUAUCACCAAAAUCAAACUAUUUUUUAGUUUAUAAGCAGAUAAAAAAUAUAGAUAUGAUGAAACUUUUUGGGCUUUUGUUUGUUUAUUUGUUUGUCUAUUGUUUGUUUGAAAGCAGAAAGGUCUGUUCUUUCAUUUGAUAUAUUUGUAUGUUUAUAUUUUUAGAAGAAAAUUUUCCUGAAAGGCAUUUUGUGAAACUUGUGAAAAUUACAAAAAAUACUGGCGGGCAACUUUUAAAAAAAUGGCUGACGGCAAAUGAGUUAAUUAUUUUUCUCGCAUUUUCAAUAUUUCUUUCCAUUACAUACAUUCUCAAACCGGCACCACAAUAAACUCAUGUACUGUAUCCUGUAUGGGAAGCUUACUAUGGGUAUGUACUGUGGUACCCCAGCAUUCUUCCCUGCAUACUUUUCUUUUAACACCCAACUGCUGACACACUGUAGCAUUCACACCAGUCCUCACAAAUGUCUGCACCUCAAGGGCACGACGUGCACUCUCACAAUAGACUGUCACCGAGCUGUCAUUGGUCAUCGCUGGCCAAAUAUCACAAAUGUUUCCGCUAUGGGCUAUUUCGGACACAGUGUCACUUUAGAGCACUUGUAAAGCCAUCGCAUCUUUAAUUGGUGUUUGGUACUUGCCAGGUCUUCAGCUGUUACAAAGGUCACUUCACGUUAGACACGAGGGCCCAGAGUCUAUUAACCUUAACUAAACAUUUACCUAGCGUUACAAAUAUUUACCUAGUGUCAUUGGUGGAUCCUGGAUGAAAAUGUAUCCUGAUGCAGCCUGAUAAAGAGACUAAGGAUGUCUAGAUUUAGUUUUUCAUGUUGUUAUGUUUGGAUUGUGAGAUUGUUGGCUGGUGUAACAAUCAGCUCACGCCCAAAGACCAAUUUAAGAAAUCAUGUGUGUUUGUUAAUGGUUCACUCUCAAAAAAGUUUACAUUUUAGGGCAGCUAGGUAUUUGGUUUAAUUAAACAUAUUUAAAUGUCAAAUUUCUUCUACGAUUCAAGUGGAUGAUGUACAAAAUCCCUGUAUUUUAUCCCACACAAAGUCAAAGAACAUUUAUUUUUUUGCACUCCAAGUUAUGUAACUAAUCCAGCUGAAGCCAUCAGUUUAUUUAUCCUCACAAAGUGACCCAAAAUGAGCUUAGUUAAUGAAAACUUUCUUUGCCUUUUUAUAGAUUUCAAGUUCCUCAGUUCACCUAUUACCAUAGAAACCCCAAAAUCAGCUAUGUUCUGUUGUUUGUCAAAGUUAGCAAGAGAUUUUAUUUUCCUCCUUUUUAGGAGUUUCUCUCUCAUGUGAUUGAGUCUUCCCACGCUUAAAUUCUAUUUUUGAGGCUAGUCCUUAAAACACUAACCAUAGUUAUUUGUGAACUACAUGAAUUUAUUUCCUCACGUAGCACAUACAAAAUCUAACUGCAGUAAAGUAGAAAGCACUUAUUGUUCUAGAUGUUGUUGAAUUCUCAAUCAAACAAUCCGAGCCUCUGUUUAGGCUGGUUGCAUUAGGAGUCCCCCAAGGCUCUCUCAUUGGCCCUUGCAAGUUUUCUUUUCUACAUCUUCCUGUUUCUGUUAUGUAACUUUAACAACUGGCUACCAAAGCUGUUUAAAAAAAAAAUGAGUCUGCAUUCUAGUAGAGCACACGUUGUUUGAAGGUUUCCGCACUGCAGGCCGAAAGUCAGUAAAGACUUGUUUUGGUAGCUACUCUUAUUUGUUUCUACUUUCAAAGAGCAACAGUUGUCUUGUUCUCCUUUUGUUUCAGAGACAUUAAAAUGUAUUAAGUGUUGCUGUUUUAAAUGUUGUUCACACUAUUCCAGUAAGGAAACACGACGGAGGUCUUUUUAAUACGUGCAAUAUAAAGGCCAGAGACAGGCUUUACAAAGGAUUUUACAUAUAAGCUUUAUAAAGCUCCAAAUGUGUUCAUCCCUAUGCAUUUUCCUGAUUAAUGUAUGCAUUGAUAUUAAUGUGUAUUUUUGAAUGUGUAAUAUGAAAGCUCUAUUCUCUGUAUAGUAUUUUUAUAUGGACUCUAAACCUGCUGUUUCCACAGCAUAUUUGAAGCACAAUGAAAACAGAACUGAUGAAAAUAAACUGAAUAAGCCUGUUCUGGUUUGCCUAAACCGGUUUGGUGUCUAAACCCAUUCCUCAUCAACAGGGGAAUGUGCUGAUGAUAUCAUUUUCUAAAAAAAAAA